AUGGUGCGCUCGCAUCCACUGUGGCGCUGGGCAACGCGUACACUGGAUCCUGAGGUGGUGCUGCACGAACACCUCAAGACAGCUAGCUUUGUGGAUGCUGUUGGUCGUUCUUCCACGGUCUUGAAGGCGGUCUCUCCAGUGCUAGUUGCCUUCACACGUGUGAGCCACUGGAUUCGAGGGAUGGACUUUCCAGCUGGAGAUGGUCCGCAAAUUGUGAGAAAUUGGAAUACCUCCGAGGAGUUUUUGGAAGGAGCAGAGCAGGCAUAUCGAUAUGCCCUCAGAACUGCAUGGGAACCUGGCGACCCUGGCCCAGAGCUCGAUGUGACGUCCAGCAAUAGCUUCAGGCAAUGGAUCAAGGAGCAGAAAACUCUCCAUGACCAAGACUUUACUGAGUCGAAUGAGUUUGAGAUGAGCUCCUUGCUUCUGCUUUUUCAGAGUGUGGCUGGGCCCAAAAGUUUAGAAGCUUUGCAAGAGUUUCAGGAGCUGCCAAGUUUGGACCGCGAAAAGCUGAUGGCUGAGAUACAACAGGAUUUUCUGCAUGGUUCGGAUCUGAAGCUGGGACUUCUUGCAGUGGCAGAAGUGAGACAUCCGCCGCUAAAGCAGCUGGAAAGGCGCAUUGAUCGCCUGUUGCUGCGCUCCAACUUCAACUUAGCAGAAGGCAUAUCGUCAGACUUCCAUAUUGCCGAGUUGGACAACAAAAAACGCCAGAUUGCGGAGCACUUCGAUGUGAAAAGUGGCCUUCAACUGCUGCGAGUGAGUGAAAAUGAUCCUGCCACCCGAGCCGUGCUCUCAUUUCUGGCCAAGCGUCAUCCAUCUACUACUGAUGUGCAGGACAGACUUCUUCGUAGCACUCCUGUUUUGGAGGCCUUUGGGAAUGCACACACCAGGCAGAAUGCCAACUCCUCGCGCUUUGGAAAAUUCAUUGAGGUUCACUUGGCCAAGACGGCGGAAGUCGUGGGUGCAACCUUGCGGCCCUACAUGUUAGAGGCUUCUCGCGUCUCCGGGGAUCUACCACGUGGAGAAAGAACGUAUCACAUUUUCUACCUUUUGAAAGCUGCCCUCAAUACCAUUGGCAACAAGGUCAAAGCCGCUCCCGAAACGCCUUUUUGGGACCACAUCGUGCUGCAGAAAUCUUGGAUUGAGCUGGCGCACUUGGCUAGGGAGCUGAUGCAAGCCUCUGGCAGAUUGAGAGAUGGUCCAUCAGAAGCUGCUUGCCUGGAAUGGUUCGAGGUGUUGGUGCAGGGGCUGCAAGCGACCGGCAUGAAACUGCCAGACGUGGCGGAAUGCUGCCGGGUGGUUGCAGCUGUGGCUCUUCUUUCAGAUCCUGAGCUUGGUGACGACUCGCUGACAACUGCAGCCAAGCUACUGAGGGUAGAGGUGUCGUCUCUCCAGAGCUUUCUUUGGCGAACCAUGAUGUCUGUGGGUGGAGAGCGUGUAUUUCGAGAGCGAAACAAAGCAGAGGCGAGCACCCUGCGUGCCUCCCUUGCACAGGAGUUGUACGCAACUCUCUUCUCGUGGUUGACCCGCUUCAUUGCAAAGGGAAUUGCGCCUCCAGAGGCAGAAAGCGAACGAAUGCUGGGCUUGCUGGAUCUGUAUGGCUUUGAGGUUUUCCCCAGCAAUGGCUUUGAGCAAUUCUUGAUCAACUACUGUCCAAUUCUGAGCUCAGAGGGACUUUGCAAGCCCAGAUGGGACUUUGUUCCAGAUUCUUUGAGCAGGUGUUUGCACGAGAAGCGGAAGAAUAUGCAGCUGAAGGUUUGGACUGGUAUGGUCAUUGGAGCCAUUGCGCAGCUGCCUGUCAGCUACCAGCCCUGGCUCUUUUGGAGGCCGUUGCACAGAUCUGGAUAUGGUGCCACCCCUGCGGGUCAGCCGGUCAAGCCUAAUCGUCCCAGGUUUUGCAUCCUGCCCUUGCUGUACUGUGUCCUGGUGCCCUGGGCCGUGUUUUGUGCAGCGCUGUGGGUCAGAUCCUUCCGCCUUCGCUACUUACAUCCGGGGGUGGCACACGUGGUGGAGGGUGUGAUUUGGAUCCUGGCCCUGUGCUUGCAGUUUUUUGCACUGGGCAGACAGGCGCGUCGUAUCCAUGGUGAGAAGGUGGAUCCUUCAUGGUUAAACUUCGUAGCUGUGAGCGUGCUGGUGGCGCUUGUCGUGGCUAUGCUUCUGGGAGAGCACAACUUCCAGGCUAACAUGGAGCCCUACUACGAUGUGGUGACGUUACAGACCUACGUGGACGUCGAUCCGGUGAAUGCCAGGGGCGAGAACCUGAUGGAUGCUGGACGGUUGGUUUUCAAAGAGGGAUCUUAUUUGGACCUGAAGCAUUCUAUGGGCUACAAAGAUAGCGAGACUUGGUGCGUCGCUCCCGUCACCACUCGUCAUUUGGAUGACAACAGCACCCAGCUGGCAGUGGUGGAUUUCUGGGCGAUCGGAAAGAAUUGCUGCUCUGGCAGCAAGGGUGGUGACUUCAAAUGUGGUUCGUGGUCCACACGCUUUGCACACGGUGGGUUGCGACUUCUGAACGAAGCCGAGCUCCCGUUCUAUAGGUUGGCAGUGCACCAAGCAGAAGCUGCUUUCAACCUCCAAGUGCAACACCCGAUCUUUCUGUACUGGAUGCCGGAGCCCAUCGAGGCGGCUUGGGUUUGCUUCAUAAGAUGCUGA